CUGAAGGCAUGCGAUUCUUCCUCGCACCACACGACCCACCACGAGACUCCUGCAGAGGCGCGCCAGCCACCGCAAUGGUGCAUCCACCGCGGCUUCUCUCUUCUCCACCGACCUCCGUCGCUUUGAUCCAGGCAGAGCAUCCGCAAGCCGCUUCUCUAUACUCAACCAAGCUCCGUCGCUCCGCUCGACACCGGGCAUCUCCGCAGCGAUGCUCCACGGCGAGAUUGGUCGCCGCCCCCUCCGUGAAAUUCACGGUCAGUGGCGUCGAUGCCGACCACCAUGAUGGGGAAUGCGGAACUGCGGCGGCUGGGCCGACGCCUCCCCUCGCCCCUCUCCCUCCGGCGGCUCCCACCGCACCGGAGGCGGCGGCGCGCCAGGACUAGUGGGCCAAGCGGAGGCCUUUCCAGCACCAGGCCCAAUGCUGCUCGGGGCUUCUUAAGUCAUGCCUUGGGCGUAAUACCAGCCCAGGCCCAGGCCCAAUGUUGCGAACUCGAGGUUGCCUACCGUCUCCUUUCAAAGGCGAAAGCUUGCGCGGGCGUCAGAUAUACAACCUCCGCCUCACCGUCUUCUUCCUCGCCCUCUUCUUCACCCUUCUCGGAGCGGAGAAGCUUGCGCAGGCAUCAUAUACAGCCCCCGCCUCGUCCCCUUCCUCGGUCUGCUGAACCCUUCCUCGAUGUGCUGAACCCUUCCUGGAGCGGAGAAAGACCAGGGUCAAAUGUGGAUUAGCUGGUGCAUCAGUACUGAUUUUGAUGGAACUCUGGAGGUUCUUGGCUAGAAUGGUUCUUGGUUCUGGAUAUGUUACUACUUUAGCCUAUCUUUUCUGUUUGUUCUACAAUUUUUUGGAGUGCAAAAUCGGCAGCGUUAAAUUCUGGUGAAUACAGACCAUUAUUUCUUACUGGAUUAUUAUAGCAAUUUAUUGUUUUUGAAAUUUCCGUGAUGUUCUCUAUGGCACAGGAAACAGAAAAUGGCUUGGAUGUCUCACCAGCCUUGCCGCUUCUACAUCAUUGAUGGAUCUUGCAAGUAUGGUUCAGGCUGUUUGUUCUCUCAUGGACUUGACUUAUUUGGGAGGAUAGAGAUGCAAAUCAGGGCACUUCUGCAUGAGCCGGAUGUAUAUCAAGUUCCAGUAGAGCAUUUGCCGUGGAGUCGCCAUGAGUUGGGUAUACUGCUUCGGCAAGUGGGAUGGGAUGAGACUCUUGAUCACCUAAUGAGUUUGCUCGAGUGUCUUCAUACUAUUUGUGUGGUUUAUAACAGCUAUGGAUAUUAUGCAAUCCUGUUGGAGAAUGUUUCACGCUACCUGGGUUACUUACCUUACAAUCCAAAUGUGAUGGAUGCCGACAGUGAAGUUCACCAGAUUUAUAUUAACUUCUCUGCUCAAAGUAGAGAAAUAUGCACUGAAGAAAAUGUUCGUAUCUAUUUCAGCCAUUAUGGGGAAGUCUUGUCUGUAUAUAUUCCGCGUGAAAGGUCAUAUGGUUUUGUGAGAUUCCAGUACCCUGAGACAGUGAGGCUGCUUUUAUCAAACUGGAAUCAUCUGGUCCCUCACUUCAUCUUCGGAGCAGGACUUUAUGUGAGCCCCUAUAUCUCCAACAAUCGGAGGAACCCUGCUGAGAAUCAUGGGCCGAAUGGCCUGGAUGGAGGGCCAGGACAUGUGCCAAAUGCCCUGGGUGGAGUGCCAGGACAAGAACCAGGUGCGCCAGAUGGAAACGCAGCACAACAAGAUAUGUUCCGGAAGAGGUGACGGAGCCGCGAACUUCGCCGAGCUAGACUCCGACUUCUCCGAAC